UUGCAGUUGAGAAUAAUCAUCUUUUUACAGACAAAACAUAAAUUCGAAGAACCUUACGAUGAAUACUUUAUUGAAAAUAAGUUAUGCUUUUCUUUUUAUAAUAACAAACAUGAUUUAUUGUGAUACCUGUACGAAUUGUGAACGAAGGCCUUCUGAGAAGUGAAAAAAAUUUCAUUUCCAUUUUUAAUGUCCCUUAUGAAGACUGUUCUUACAAUAAAAUUUAAUAAAACUCUGGAUUACAUCGUGUUAUGCUUGUUUUUAUGUUUUUUUAUUAAACUUUUAAAUGAUGAAUGACAUAAAAAAACAACCUUUACUUGCCUCAUACAGAAAACUUACUUUAAUAUUAAAAUAGCAAUUCAAAUGUUGAAAAUUAUUGCUAAUUAUAAUAAACAGAUGUUUUCAUGUUGUUAAAAAUUAAAGGGAAUACAAAUUAGGUACCCUUACAAGAAUUAGAAAUGGGGGAGGAGUGUACUGAAUAUUGGUGGAUUAUGCAAAAAAAGCUUUUACGGAUGUAUUAUAGUAGACUAAGAAUGGUGUUACACUAAUUAUCGUAAUAAGGAUAAUUGCAAAAGAUAGUAGAAGCAUGAUGUGUCACGACCGUGCCAAAGGGGAAGUCCGUAUUACAUUUCUGUAGGACUAAGGUGAAUAUUUAAUACUAUAAAAAUUUAAAACUUCCGAAAUUAGACACUUCAAAUUGUCUUUUCUGUGUAAUAUUCUGUAAAGAUGCAAGCUGCAUUAUACUCCUAUAUAUUUAGGACAAAAUUGUCAGCAAAAGAAAUAUAUUGUUUGCAAUAUUGUUGCGUAGAAAUGGAUUAAAAUAAUUGACGACCUUAGCAUUCUUGCGAUAUUGCAGUUAUAAAUUAUUUAAUAUGCAUGAAUUAUUUAUGAAUAACAUUCAUACGCCAUCACAUGAGAUGCAGUAUAUUGACAGAUUGUGUUAAGUCUCGUAAGGUUCUUGUUUUUAAAACAAUAAAAAGAUAAUCUGACGGUAUUCAUAUUUUUUGCAAUUAAAUAUUUACGAGUUGUAAUGUUUUGUAUGUUGUUUAAAGAUAAGUGAUGAUGUUUCAGAUAAGAGAUAAAAAGGAUAACCGAUAAUUUAAACGGUAGUGUAGUAUGCUCAUAGUUUUGACGUGUGACGACUGUAACCAAUUGUUAAAUUGUUUCUGCAAUUACAAUAAACAUGGAAAGGUCAGUCUUUAAACCGGUGGAUUACGCCAUCAUGACAGCGUCCGUUGUAAUUUCAAUUGUAAUCGGACUUUAUUUUCGGUUUAGUGGCGGCAAACAGAACACUAAUGAGGAGUACUUAUUAGCUAAUCGAAACAUGUCUAUAUUUCCUAUAGCAAUAUCUUUAAUGGCUUCCUUCAUGUCUGCUAUAACUCUUCUUGGAGUGUCAGCAGAGAAUUAUUACUAUGGAAUGAUAUUUGUGAUUGUCAAUUUAGGUUAUGGUCUCGGAACACCAAUAGCAUGCCAGUUUUAUUUGCCAGUAUUUUUCGGAUUGCAAAAGAUAAGUGCAUAUGAAUAUUUGGAGAUGAGGUUUGGACCAACGAUACGAAUACUAGCAUCACUAACUUACACAUUACAGAUGAUUUUAUACAGUGGAGUAGUGUUGUACGCACCCUCGAUCGUUCUUGAAACUGUCACUGGAUUGACCAGAAUCGUAUCUAUUCUAGUUGUAGGUUUAGCCUGCACUUUGUAUUCAACUUUAGGAGGCAUGAAAGCUGUUGUGUUUACAGACUUACUGCAAUCAUUACUAAUGUUCGCAGCAGUAAUAAGCGUAGUUGUGUUCACGUCAUUAGAACUUGGAGGAUUUCUUCAAAUAUUUGAAAUUGCUAAGGAAGGUGGACGUUUAGAUUUUUCAAAUUUCAGUGUGGAUCCAACAGAGAGACAUACCUGGUGGUCGCUCCUCAUCGGCGGUGUUAUAAAUUUCUUAUCAUUAUAUGCAGUCAACCAAACUCAGGUACAACGUUUGCUGACAGUGAGUACAUUGGAACGAUCGAAGCGCUGUCUGUGGUGGAGUUGGCCGGUCCUAUGCGUGCUUAGCUUGGUGACAUGUAUCAGCGGUCUAGGGAUAUAUGCCGUCUAUAAGAACUGUGACCCAUUUACCAGUGGGAAAAUUACUGCGAUCGACCAGUUGUUACCUUACUACGUGGUGCACGCGAUGGGUGCUGCGCCAGGUCUCGCUGGGCUGUUCGUGGCGGGAAUAUUCAGCGCCUCUCUCUCCACUAUAUCUUCCUCUUGCAAUUCUCUCGCUGCAAUUACACUAACAGAUUACAUUGGCAGAUGGUGUAAAUUGAGCUCAUCAUGUACACUCUGGCUGACAAAGUUAGCGGCUUGCGCUUACGGCUUCCUGUUCCUGACCCUAGCGUUCCUCGCUCAGUACUUAGGCGGCGUGCUGCAAUCCGCUAUGACAAUCUUCGGCGCAGUCGGCGGCCCAUUACUCGGAGUGUUCUCGCUGGGAAUGUUUACUACGUUCGCUAAUGAACUUGGUGCAUCUAUAGGUCUACUGAGUGGUCUAUCGUUGACAUUAUGGAUAUCUUUUGGAGGACCACGACCUCCAGUUACCAAGCUGCCGGUUUCUACAGAAGCUUGCAGUCAAAACUUAACUAUGCUAACAGCUGUGCCAACUGCUGCAAGCGACUACUUUUAUCUCUAUCGAAUAUCUUAUAUGUGGACCGGUUUGAUUGGCUUCGUGUGGGUGUUACUGAUUGGCACGGUCAUAUCUGUGUUGGUGCGUCACCAGCAGCCCUGGCAGAAGGCAGGCAAUCCACAUCCAGACCCUGCGCUCUUCACGCCGCCACUUGCAGCGAGGUUACGAGCCAGAUAUUACAACAAAAAUACUAAUAAGUCUACCGUAGAGUAACUUUCAUUAUAUCCUAGCGGGAUAUAGCACAAGAUGACCUGAAAAUCAUCAAUAAUUACGACGUUGGUGACUAUU